AUGGUCCAAAGCACUGCAAGAACCAGCUCCGGUAGUUCCAGUCGUGAAUACGGCAUCACAUUCGAAUGUGCGCCUCCCUCAGCCGUUCGUCCCGGCGUUCCCUUGACCCUACCGGUGAUCGUUGCGGUUCGACCUGUCGGUGCCCCCAGAGACAGUUCUGUGCAACAGUUGGUCGUGAAUGUGUCGCUACGAAAUGAGUCAGGAACCGCGGCUUGUCCCGGACUGACCGGCACAUUGACGUCGAGUGUGCGCAGCCGUCAUGGAAACACUACGGCUGGGUUUGGAAGAUUCAGCCGGCUCACCAUCGGGCAGCCAGGACGAUAUCGAUUGCGAGUAAUGUUGGGCGCUGCUUCCGCCAGUGGAGUGACGACGCGAGAUUAUAUUGAUUCGGGCGUCAUUGAGGUUCAUGCCGGUGCUCCGGCAGUUCAGCGGCCAACUCCAUCACAGGUCACAAAACUCCAAAGCCUGAUCCCAGAGAACAUAGACCUGUCGGCAGGCGAGAUUGCAGCCUGGCAGCAAGCUUAA